AUGGCCGUCGACUGCAUGCCGAUGGCUUCGCUCCAUCACCCUCACCAUCCCUACAACCAACCAUCCAGCCGUCGGACCAACUUUAGCAGCAACAAUCCGUAUGCCCGUUUCGCUUCACCCUCGGGCUCCCACGCUCCAUCGCGGCGCUCAUGCUCUGCCUCCGAAACCGUGCGUUCCGCACCUUCCAUGUGGUGGGACGGCACAGCGGAGCACUAUCCGGUAGAGCCGAAAAAGCGACGAGAGAGCCAGAGUUCCGUACCUCGCCGCAGCAAGUCGCAACGAAUUUAUUCGCGCAACUCUAUGCUUGUCAACCCGGACAUUAUUGACCAGCUGGAUAACGUCACCUCCUACUCUUACCAUCAUGAGGGUCCUUACGAUGCAGUUUGCGCCGAGCGCAACCUUGACAGCAAGCACAGCCCUCUUGAGGCCGUCAGGGAGUCUAACGAAGAGGCACUCCGUGCAACGCCCAAAGACAAAAUUACCGACUGUCUGAACAGCCACCGGCCACUGGAUGGAACUGCGUUUUUCCCGCCUGGUCACACCGAUAUCAACGGGGAGACAUACGAUUAUGAAGAAGGCUCGAAUGUGGUUCGGAGUGACUAUGGUCUUGGUGGAUAUAUGCGCCAGACACAAGAUAGAUACAGCGAUGACGAAAUCAAGAAUGACCCAUUCUACCUCCGUCCUCUCUCCAACCCCUUCAGCCAGCUGAAGAAGAAGCUGAGCCUCCGCAAGGGCAAGCGUCGCGGCAGUGCUUAA